AUGGCUAAAGACAACGACAACUCGAAAUCCUCCACAGAUGGGGAAUUUUCAAACCUUGAUCACCCAUAUUAUAUUCACCAAUCUGACCAUCCUGGAAUGGUCUUGGUCGGCAAGCCAUUAUCCGGAGAUAACUAUAGCACUUGGAGCCACCAGUUUCGACUAGCCUUGAGCGCAAAGAACAAGAUAGGCUUCCUCGAUGGUUCAAUCAAGAAGUCGUUGAAAGCGAAGCCGGAAUUUGAUAGGUGGCGGCGUUGUAACGACAUGGUCUUAUCAUGGAUCUUGAACUCACUGGAACCGAAUCUUGCGAACAAUGUGAUCUACACCGACUCAGCCCACGAAAUUUGGGCAGACCUUGAAGAGAGAUUUGCGCAAACUAAUGCGCCUUCAUCAUCCAAUAUCGGCCCAUCCUUUCAACCUCGUGGAAAUCCUAGAGAGCUGAAACAAUGCACUUAUUGCAAUGGUAAAACUCAUACAAUCGAUACUUGUUUUUUUCACAAAGGUUUUCCUCCAGGGCACAAGUGGCACGGCAAGGAGGUGGUACCCAAACUUGAUGACAACAGUCGCCCUUCACAAAACCGCUCAUCUCAUGGGAGCAAUCAACAACAUACCAAUGUGCAUAAUGUUCAGAGUCCAGAUGCACAGAUUCAUCACCUACAGACCAUAGCUCCUCAUCUCACACUCGAGCAAUGUCAGCAAAUUCUUGGUACUGUUGGUAAGGAGGAAAUUUCCCAAUCCCAAGCGAAUUUUGCAGGUCUGAAUUAUCCUUUUUGCCUCAGUUCCGAAACUAAUUCUUAUUUAUCGCAUGCCUGGGUUAUAGAUAGUGGUGCCACAGACCAUAUCACCAAUUCUCAUGCACUCCUAAUUGAAAAUUCACCCACACAUCUUCCACCAUUAGGAUUACCCACAGGGGAAAAAGCACCCAUCACAUAUAUAGGCACUGUUAACUUUGAUGAUAUUUUUCGUCUAACCGAUGUCUUAUGCGUCCCCUCUUUCAAUGACUUGCGCACGAAGAAGAUGAUUGGGUUGGGUAAGAGGCAUGGAAACCUGUACUAUUUCGAUCCACAACGCCUUGCUCCGCAGCUCCAUUCUUCCUCCACAUAUCAUGUGUGUACUUCACACAACCUCUGGCAUCUCUGA